AACCAAAUUAAACUCGUCAGCUUGUUGUACCAUCAUAAACAAGUUGAUGUGUCGAACUGAACUCAACUGGCCGGUAAACGGAGACGGAGUUUCUCGCCGCCGCCACUAACAGUGAAAAACUCCUUCAGGUUUUCCUUCAAUUUUUUUCUUCCAAAUUUUCACCGAUACAAUUCACACCCUCAAUUCCAGAUAAUUCCGUUGCAUCAGAUAUCCACUCCUCACCGUGAUUCCCCAAUUAUACGCUAAACCGCCGCGAUUGAUAACUUAGGUUAAAAUAUUACUGUUGGUGAUUUUUUUUCUUCAGUAGUAGUUGAAUUGAAUGAUUACGAGAAAUCUGUAAAAUUGUUGUGUAUAAUAACGAGUUUUUUAUGGUAAUUCAUUCAUGUAUACAUUUGAUUGUGUGAAAUUUUUGUAAAGAAUCUGAUUUUGAUGUAAAAAGGUUUCAUAAUUGAAUAGUUUGAAUAAAAAUUAGAUUUUGAUGGAAGAUUUAGGAUCUACCCGGUUUGAUGGUAUCAGCAAUGCUGUGAGGAGGAAGAGAAGCCAAACUUCGCGCAGGCCGCGGCCUGAUUCGCAGCCUGUUGUUGAUGAUUUGACUCCUUCAUCAACACCUCCUUCAGACAGUCCUGACAAGGCGUCUAGCGAUGAGAAUGAUGGUUAUGUUAAUACUGGUUCCAAGAGGAAAGAAUUUAAUCUCAACCAUUGUGUUACUCAGCCCUCGCCGGCUGUUGGACGGGGUGGUUUGCAUAAUAGACGGAGUAGUGAAGGUGUUCUUGCUCCCGCUAAUUGGAAAGGCUCGAGUAGUAAAUUCAAGGAUGGGCUUGAUUCAGAGUCGAAAAAUGCUGAUGUAUAUGGUGGGAGGAAUACUGAGGGGAGUAGUUUGGGUCAGUUUGGUGUUUCUCAGGAUGGAUUAGGGAACGAGAAUAGGGUUAAGAAGGUUAAACUCAAGGUUGGUGGUGUGACGCGUACUAUACAAGCUAACUCUGCUUCUAAUAGUGCUUCCGGAAGUGGAUCAACUUCAAAAAGCUCUCGUUUAUCGGACGCCUCCAGACCGCGCCAAAAGCAACAGAGUAAUUCAGACGAUAAUAUUUCUCCGUCUGAUAAGAGGCGCAGCCUCCAAGGCCUUCCGUGGAAGGAUUUCAAAAGGGGUGGUUUUGGUCUUGGGAAGGAGGAAUCUUCGAUGGGGAAGAUAUCUGGAAAGAACACGUCUAGCAAGCAAGCAGACAAGUCUGAACCUGUUCGUAAGAGCAAGAGAGUACCCAAGAGACGUGUCCUGGAUGGGGAAUUCGAUGAUGACGACGAUGCUGAUGAUGAGAUUCGGUACUUGGAAAAGCUGAAAAUAUCAAAAGUUUCUGCAGUAUACAAAGAUGAAGAAGAAUUAAGCAAGAAACAUCGAAGACUCUCUAGCGUCUCUAAUAUGGACAACUCCGCCUCAACAAGGUCAGGCAAAGAUGGAAAGAAAAGGUCUAGAUCUGAUAAAAUGCUUGUAGAUACAGAUUAUGAGGGUGAAGAGGAGUCAGGGUCUGAUGGAGAGCUCGAGGAUAAGAAAAAGAAAAAGCAGAGGAAAGAAUCUGUUGAUGUAUUGAUGGACACUAAGAGAGAAAUGACUCUUACAACGCGUCAACGGGCCCUUCAAUCAAGCAAAGAUACUUCUACAUCUAAUGCGAGUUUAAUUGAGUUUCCCAACGGAUUACCUCCUGCCCCGCCUAGAAAGCAAAAAGAGAAGCCUACGGAAGAGGAGCUGCUAUCAAAGAAAACUGAGGCUGCCAAUAGACGUAAAAUGCAAGUUGAGAAGGCUGCGAGGGAAUCUGAGGCUGAAGCUAUCAGAAAAAUUCUUGGGCAAGACUCCAGCAGAAAAAAGCGAGAGGAUAAAAUAAAGAAGCGCCAAGAAGAACUGGCACAGGAAAAGGCAGCCAACGCAGAAAAACUUGCUUCAAAUACCAUCAGAUAUGUGAUGAGUCCUACUGGAACAACAUUGACUUUUCCUGAUGAAAUGGGGAUCCCUCCGAUUUUAAACUCUAAACCCAUCAGUUAUCCUCCACCUCGUGAGAAGUGUGCUGGUCCAUCAUGUACAAAUCCAUACAAAUACCGGGAUUCAAAAACCAAGCUUCCUCUUUGCAGUCUCCAAUGCUACAAGGCUGUUCAGGAGAAAACUACAGCUGAAACAAUCUGCUAAUUUUGUCGAUACUCCUUUCCUGGCUUCUGCCAGUUAUAUGUUAGUAUUUUUAUCAAUGAUACAGGCUUUACUGCUUUAUGCUAGAGCAAUUACGCGUUGAGCGUUUGGUAGAGGGUUUUAAUUGCGGAUUAUUCAUUGCUCUAUGAUGUUUUAUUUAAUGUUGGUAUAAGAGAUUUUGUGAUAUUGAUAAUAGCAUACAGUGAAGUGGAAACGGAUACAUCAUGCACAGACCUAUCUUGUUCCGUUUCUUAUCCUAGCUUUUUUUAGUGGCAAUGCUAUUGCCAAAUAGAAGUCAUUUUGGCUAUAGCUUGAAAUAUGGAUGGUGAAAGGUACUUGUAUAAUUUUAUUUGAAUGGAUGACUUUAAAAAGAGUUGUUAGUUUGAUUGUUCCA